AUGGCCACCGCCGAGAUGAGCCUGCCUGACAAAAAGCCUGAACACGAAUCGGGUUAUUACGAAGGCAGCGAUCAGGAGGGCAGUAUGGAGUGCGGGUGCCCUUCACCUGUGAGUUCACGGAACUCCUCGCAUUCAACCAAGUUAAAGCGUCGUCACAGCGGUCAGAAGCAUAAGAAGUCCCCUUGUAAGAAGCCCAAAACUGAUGCUCCCAUAAAUGGGCACUGUAGUUUAAGUAACAAUGGACUUAUGGACAAGAGUGUAGAAAUAGUGGAAUGCUCUAGUGUAUCAUCAGUGAAGGACUAUAAAAAGCCAGAGGAGCUUCCGCCAGUUCCAGGCCCUAGCUAUAAGCGGAGCAGCUCUGUGGAGCUUAUCGGAGGCACUGUGCCUGCUCCUGCUCGGGACUCGGUUGACUGGAAUUUGGUGGAUGCUAGUAAAAUAAGGAAAAGAUGCAAAGUUAAUCUAAACGGCGCAUCCAAAGUGGACAUAUCACAUUUUGACUUGCUCAAAGUGCUUGGAACUGGUGCUUACGGCAAAGUAUUUCUAGUUAGGAAAAGAUGUGGUGUCGACGAAGGAAAGUUGUAUGCUAUGAAGGUGUUGAAAAAAGCAUCAAUAGUGCAAAAACUUAAGACUGCGGAGCACACAAGGACUGAAAGACAAGUCCUAGAGGCAGUAAGGGCGUGCCCCUUCUUGGUGACGCUACACUAUGCUUUCCAGACUGACGCGAAAUUACAUCUUAUUCUUGAUUACGUCGCUGGCGGAGAACUGUUCACCCAUCUGUACCAGCGGGAACAUUUCAAUGAAAAUGAAGUCCGGAUAUACAUUGCUGAAAUUAUACUUGCUCUUGAGCAACUGCAUAAGCUCGGUAUAAUUUACCGCGACAUAAAACUGGAGAACAUACUUCUGGACUCGGAAGGACACAUUGUGCUGACGGACUUUGGUCUCUCCAAGGAGUUCUGCGGAGGGGAGAGCAGGGCUUACAGCUUCUGCGGUACUAUCGAGUACAUGGCGCCAGAGGUCGUCAGGAGUGGCAGCCAGGGGCAUGAUAUUGCUGUUGACUGGUGGUCAGUCGGAGUCCUCACCUACGAACUACUGACUGGAGCAUCGCCGUUCACCGUUGAAGGAGAGAAAAACACACAGCAGGAGAUCACAAAACGCAUCGUGAGGUGCAGUUAUCCUGUACCUCCAGAUGUCAGUCCAGAAGUUCAAGACUUCAUUAGAAAAUUGUUGGUGAAGGACCCUCGCCGCAGGCUCGGAGGUGGCGAAGGCGACGCAGACGAGCUUAAGAGACACCCAUUCUUCCAGGAUCUCGACUGGGAGGCAGUUUCUCGGCGCGAGAUUCGCGCGCCCUUUGCGCCUGCGCUGUCGCACGCGGCCGACACGUGUAACUUCGCUGAUGAGUUUACGCGGAUGCCGCCCACCGACUCACCCGCACAAGCUCCGAAGCACCAUGACAAGCUCUUCCUUGGCUACUCUUACGUGGCUCCCAGCAUCCUGUUCUCUGAGAACGUCAUAUCAGAUCAGAUUUGGAUGCAAGCCGCGGGACAGAAACCUGACAAGCUCAAAGGAUGGGUGGCUAAAGACUCUCCUUUUUUCCAAAAGUAUUCAGUUGAAUUAAGCACUCCGCUGCUAGGAGAUGGUUCCUACUCUGUAUGCAGGAAAUGCAUACAUCGGCAGACUGGCAAAGAAUAUGCUGUUAAGAUAAUAUCGACACAGAAAAAAGACAUAAAACAAGAAAUAGAGUUGUUAAAGGCAUGUCAAGGAUGCCCCUAUAUAAUUACUCUUCACGAAGUGUUUCACGAUUCCGCGUUCACGUACAUCGUGACGGAGCUGGCGGCGGGCGGCGAGCUGUCGGCGCAGCUGGGCGAGCGCGCGCUGGACGAGCGCGUGGCGCGCCGCCUGCUGGCGCAGCUCUGCGUGGCGCUGCGACACAUGCACGAGCGCCGCGUCGUGCACAGAGACCUCAAGCCCGAGAACAUUCUGCUCACGAGCCAUCGCCUUAGCGAGGCGAAAGUCAAAGUAGUGGAUUUCGGAUUCGCGCGCCGAGCCCCCGACUGCUGCGAAGAACGGCCUCGAAUGAUGACUCCUUGCUUCAGUCUCCCGUACGCGGCUCCCGAGGUGGUGUCGCGCGCGCGCAGUGCGGCGGCGCCGGGCUACGGCCCGCAGUGCGACCUGUGGAGCCUCGGCGUUGUCUACUACUACAUGUUAUCCGGUAAAGCACCCUUCCAGCCUACAUCAAAAAAGGAACCGAUAACGGUAUUCAUGGACAGGAUUAGAACAGGCUACUUCACUAUGGAAGGUCCAAUCUGGGACACCAUAUCAACGGAAAGCAAGCGCAUAGUGCACGGGCUGCUGGCCGUGGACCCGCUGCGCCGCUUCGGCACCGACGAACUCAUCGCCGCCCUGCGCGUCAACAUGGACGAGGUCACCAGCUUUAGACUGGCUGACAUGACCAAAGCCGACCUCUACAAACGCAGAUACAAAAACAAACAGCGUAAGUCGAGUACAUCCGAACCUGGCACCUCCACUUCUGAGGUAAUAGAACCAGAAGAAAUUAAAGACAUCUCGCUAUUAGAAACGAUAAAUAACCUUAAGAACCGAAUGAACAAAAACUCGAUAGAGAAUGACGUGGAACUUAUUAAAGCCAACACUGUCGACACACCAAUAGCAGAAUCGCCAGAACCGGCUUACACAGAAGAGGAUGACGAAAUACCUCCCAUAAAACCCGUAGAAAGAACUUACGCUAAACUUAGAUCCAAAUUAGACGACUUUGCGUACCUAGAAAGUAGUCAAGCCUUAGAAGGUACUAAAGUUCCGUACCCAAAAACUAGUCGGGCCAAAAAAUCCAAGUCACCUGUGCCAAGGAAACGCAGAAAAGUAGAACCGAGGCAAACUAAGAAGGAAGCUAACGGAGAAAGAGAACUGCGUAGUAAAGUAGAGAAUGAUAAUAGAGGAAAACAGACUGAGGCAGUCGUGAAACGCGUACUUAGAAGCAAAAGCGUGACUGAAAAAACUAGGGCGACUAAGGAAUCUAUAGAGAAUGAGAAGACAUCGGUGACUAGGGUCACCAGAAAGAGGAAAUUUGAGGAGACCACUAAACCUGUUCUCAGAGAAAAGGUGCAGAACGGUCGAUCCUCAGGGAAAAACAGCACCGAGCAAGAACCUACUGAACGUAAGAUAGUGAGAGCUAAAAAGACCAAGAUCGCUCCUCUCAAACUGGAAGUUGAGGACGUCCAAAACGUCAGGAUGACCAGGUCUAGGAGGAGGCGGUUGGAGAUCAGUCUCUCCCCGUCCGAGGUCAAGACCGUCGUACCCGCCUUCUCGUUCGAGUCGGAUCGCCGGGUCAAUUCGAUGGAGAGCACCCGCUCGGCGAAGUCAAACGCGAAUACCAAAGCUAAGCGCAAAGCCAAAGCGAAACCGACUGUGAAAGUCAGUAAAGCCAAGAAGAGCCAGGUCCGGAGUACCCGCGCACGCGCCAACCGCAGGUGA